UACUGGAACUGCCUGUGCUUCUCGUUUUCCUCAUUUCGCUGAUAUUUGCUUCUCAUUUCGCUGAUACUUCCUUCCCACUACAACAAAGUUCUACUAAACCCGUCGCUGGCAUUGCGGUUUUUUCUUCAUACUCAGAUGACUUGUGAUGUUUCAGAGAUCCAUCUAGCUUCGCUUUCUUAAUCUUCAGCUCAAAAUCAGCUCGAUUGCUGUGCUGGGUGUUUGCGAACUGUUUAUAACCGGUUGGCGUGUAAUUCUAGAUGAACAAAUCCAUGGCAAAAGUUUGUAGUAUGGAUUGUGGGAUCAUUGAAUCAUGGGAUGCUUCUCAUUCAGAUGAAUUAGCCAACUUCGAAUGCAAUAUCUGUUUCGAAUUACCGCGGGAGCCUAUUGUGACGCUCUGCGGUCACCUAUACUGUUGGCCUUGCCUCGUUCAAUGGCUUCGACUCCAUUCAAAGUAUCACGAGUGCCCAAUCUGUAAAUCCCGGGUGCACGAGGAAGAACUCAUUCCCAUAUACGGAAGAGGCAAACCAAAGCACGAUCCGAGAUCCCGUUCGGUCUCAGGAAUCAAUAUCACGAAUCAAGAAACAUGGCAGCAGAUGCCACAGACUCCUUACGCCGUAGCAUAUUCUUCUCCCGAAGAUGAUGAAUUGGACCCGAUCUUGAGGCUCAUGCCGAUGGCAGCCGCAAGAUUCGGCCACACUUUGCUGUCUGCACUUUUUGAGGCUCUGCAGUUUCGGGAGCUAAGCGAAGCUGAUAUGUACGGAUCGACAGAUUUGUUCUUCCACAGCUCGAUCCAAGGAGAUAUUGUUCGCGGCGAGCAUCAUCUUGUAAAGUGGAAGAGCAUUGUUUGGAAGGUUUGUUUGGCACUUCUUGGACUUCUGAUUUUCUGCGUUUCGAUCCCUCUAAUGAGUUUUCGAUCUUAGUCGGUUAAUAAUUAGAGUGUUUUGAGUAUUGUCUGUGACUCUAUACAAGUUUGUGUUCUUGGUUAUCUUUGUUGUUUGUAAUGCUUAGUUAGUUAGUUAGAUUUACCUGUGGUGCGUUUGUUUGUAUAUUUGAUAUGGUGCUUCCAGCUCGAGAUCGAUAAAUUUGAGAUUUUUAGAGAUUGGUAUAA